CCCCUCGAGCUAGUUUGCAUGGACUACCUGUCGCUGGAGCCUGAUCGGAGCAAUAUUAAAGAUAUUCUAGUGAUCACUGACCACUUCACCAGGUACGCUGUGGCCAUACCCACUAGAAACCAGAAGGCUCAGACUGUGGCCAAAUCACUGUGGGACAACUUUUUCGUCCAUUAUGGAUUUCCUGAGAAGCUCCUCAGUGAUCAGGGGCCUGACUUUGAGUCGAAGCUCAUCAAAGAAUUGUGUAGGAUGGCAGGAAUCCAUAAAGUAAGAACAACACCUUACCACCCGCGGGGAAAUCCCGUAGAGCGGUUUAACAGGACGCUGCUCCAAAUGUUAGGGACCCUGGAUGAUAAGGGAAAAACCCGCUGGAAGGAUUUUGUGAAGCCAUUAGUCCACGCAUAUAAUUGCACUCGUAAUGACUCAACAGGAUUUUCACCUUAUGAACUGAUGUUUGGGAGGCAGCCCCGGCUACCAAUUGAUCUGGCCUUCAAUUUACCUGCUGAUGAGUCCAUCCCUUCUCAUUCAAGUUAUGUGAGGAAUUUGAAGGAGUGUCUGGAAGAAAGUUACCGGGUAGCAAGUGAGAAUGCCUCAAAAGUAGCAGGACGCAAUAAGAAAAGGUUCGAUGAGCGAGUGGUCGCCUCAUUCCUUGAAGUCGGAGAUCGGGUCCUGGUAAGGAACGUCAAGUUAAGAGGAAAGCAUAAGUUGGCAGAUAAGUGGGACAAAGAAGUCUACAUCGUGGUCAAGAAAGCUGUCGACUUACCAGUCUAUACCGUUCAACCCGAGGGCAGGGAUGGACCACUUCGCACAUUGCAUAGAGACUUAUUACUACCCUGUGGAUUCUUGGGGAAAAAUACACCUGAGAAACCAGAAAAACAGAAACACCUCAGGCCUAGAACUCGAGCAAACCCCAGAACAGAGGAAUCUGAAUGUAUGUCAGAGAAUUCUGAUUCAGAGGAAGACUCUACAAGUUACUACACACCUGUCCGUUUACCAAGUGUUGAAAACAGAAUACUCUACAAUUCUAGACCUCAGAAGCAGUCAAGUGGUGGAGUGUCAAUAGAAGUUUGUCCUGUAAAAAAAACUAAGAUGAAUACAGAUCCAGAGCAACCCACUCCAGUAACAUCAAAGAUGAACUUACCUGACACAUCUAAUGCUGAAGAGGAAAGUCUUCUGGAUGAGCCUGAUAGAGAAGAUACGGAGAUGAUUGAUCUUGUGAGAACAGAUGUAUCAAAUCACUUACCCGUGGGAGAGGACCCAGGAUUAGUGGAGCAGAGGAAGGAAUUGGAUGAACUGGCAUCUAAAAUGUCCAGCAAAGAUGACAGGACUGACAUCCUGCCUCAAGAUGAUGUCAUUGAUCAGAGAAAUGCUCGAAGUGCCCAGACAGAGGUUGAUCAAAUUGAAGGUGGUGUCCCGAGGCGUUCGCAGAGGUGCCAUGAGCCACCAAAAAGGUUACAGUACCCUCAGUUAGGCAAUCCCCUUUCUUUGGUCAUACAGUCCUUAAUGCAGGGGCUCAGUACAGCAUUUGUCACAUCACUGGGAGAGUCUGACUCCCUUGAGAGAACCUCUGGAUAA